AUGUGUAUGAUGUAUCCAGGCGCUGAUGCUGAUGCUGAUGCCCUGCUGGCUGGCUUGGAUGAGAGGACGCUCGCCCUCUAUCGCCUAGCAUUCAAGCGUCGCGAAGCUGUUGCAGAGCAGAGUUGUCCCAAGAAGAAGCAUAUCGAGAGUCUCCCGACACCCACACCCUUACCUGCUCCUGCUCCCUACGCUACCCGUCGGCAGACAGCUCUAGAAGCUGCGGCUGCGGCUACCGCCACGCAAACAAUGCCUGCUUGCGUGGCCAACCCUCAGAGCUCGCUUACCUUCGAUGCGGACGCCACCGAACCGGGCGGUGUUGGAAUCAUCCGCGCUCCUGCUAAUGUGGAAGCUGCCGUCGCCCAGCAGGCAACGGUGGGCCUGCAAGGCGAUUCAGCUGUGAACGAGGUCACUGAUCCUACGGGUGGUAACAUCACUCGCGGAACUCGUAGUGAUCGAGGGGGAAACUACCUCGUAACCCUCAACAAUUCACUGCGCGCUCGGGUUGAGGAUCUGCAGAGGACGGUGACGGUUCUUCAAGCCUCUGAGCAGGAGGCCAAGGAGGAGGAGAACGCCAUGGCGAGGGAGCGGUCCGCAUUGACGCACCGCAUCAACGACCUUGAGGCUACUGUGUCGUCAGGGUUACCGGAACGGGCACUUGACGACCCGGUCGUUAACAUGGAUGCACUCCCCCGGGACGACAACCAAAAGAUUGUCGUGAAGAGCUCCCUGAAGAUAAAAGAAUUCGGGAAGAAGGCGCUCGAUAUGUACGUUUGGAUGAUCAUUGAUGCGCCAGUGGAUGUGAUGCAGUUCUUCCCAACGUUCGAGGAGGUGCAGCCUUAUCUCGUGUGGAAGUAUCGCCUCAUCGGCGUGUCGCAGGACGAGUACUACUACGUCGUCGGGGGAAACGCCGCGUACAUCAAGGAAGCUAUGAAGAUCAUUGCGACGAAGCGGUCAAACACGCACAAGAAGAUCCGUUUCUACGCGUGGGGUGCAGGAGGCUUGCUCCCUGAAGACCGGUGGCCGGAGUUAGCAAGAGAGAACAUCCACCCCGGGAAGCGUCGAACUGAGGCUGUCUGGUUGGUGGACUUCAGGCAUGAAAGGUUUGGCUACGCAUGGCAUGCAACUGACGAUCGACGCCCUUUUGCUAACGUCGCCUUUGAAAAGGCUGCCCUUGCUGCCUUCGUCAAUGUGCGGGUGAAUUCUGUGGAGCUUAAGAUUCCCCAGCUCGCCUACCUCUGUGUUGUGGUCGAAAUGCCCCUUGAGAGUUACCACGGACGAGGUCAGGCCUCGUUGGCUGGUGUACCCGCGACGAACCGCAAUGCGGUUCGUGCCAAGAUCAACAUGCUCGUUGGCAUUCUGCGGGAUGCAGCAAGAGACUAUCCCGCCCGCUUCAAGCAGGAUAAGCCUCGGGGUUUUGAAUUGGGUAGGGGGCAGGUUAGGAUUCUGAUUGAGGGAUUUGAGAAUGAGUUUCCGUAG